CGCCGAGGCCCCGCCCCCCCGCCCCAUUGUCCUCCACAAAGCGGUCGCCGCCCCGGGCCCGCUCCUGUGCCUCCUGCUGCCGCCACCCGGCCGGAGCCCGGGCCGCUCCUCCUCUUCCUCCCGCUCCGGACGCUGGCCUGGCCCUGCGGGGCCCCGGACUCGGGCCACCAUGGCCACCGUCCCGGACUGGAAGCUGCAGCUGCUAGCCCGGCGCCGGCAGGAGGAGGCGGCCGUCCGGGGUCGGGGGAAGGCGGAGCAGGAGCGCCUGUCCCAGAUGCCAGCCUGGAAGCGGGGACUCCUGGAGCGGCGCCGCGCCAAGCUCGGUCUCCCCCCAGGGGACCUGGGCCCUGGGCCUGAAAACUCGGAGCCUGGCCCUCCGGAGCCGGACGAGUCUGCCGUCCUGCUGGAGGCCAUCGGGCCGGUGCACCAGAACCGAUUCAUCCGGCAGGAGCGGCAGCAGCAGCAGCAGCGGCAUGAGGAGCUCUUGGCAGAGAGGAAGCCCUGGCCACUGGAGCCCAGAGAGUGGAGACCCAGCGCUGGGGAAUCACAAGACCAGAGCCCCAAGGGAAAAGAGGCCAGAGAAGAGAGGCUGAGUCCCAGAGAGGCCAGGGACAGGAGACCAGGGACCGGGGCAGCCCGGGAGUGCAGCCCCAAACCUGUAGAAUCCCAAGACUGGAGGCAGAGCCCGGGAGAGGGUGGAGACCAGAACUCCAGGAUGCCUGAGGCGCAGAGGUGGAGGCUGAGCCCGGCUGAUGCCCUGGAGCCCAGAGUGCAGAGUCCCAGGAGCUUCGAGGUGGCAGAGAGUAAACCGGGCCCCGGGGAGUCUGACAGCCGGAACCCGGGCCUGGCAGAGGCCUGUAUGGGGCAGCCUGGCCCCGGAGCAGCCCAGGAGCAGAGCUCAGUGCAGCUGGAGGCAGUGGACUGGAGGCUGCACCCAGGAGGAGAGAGCAUAGACCUCGCGGAGGAAUGUAGGGGGCAAGGAGAGAGCCCCGCUCCAUGGGUGCCUCCGGAGGAGAUCUCGGGGUCCCCAGGAACUCCCCUGAGCAAAGACUUUCAGGACAGCGUCUGCAGAAGCCUGGGGGCGGCAAAGCAGAGGCCCGGCCCUGCGGAGGAUGGAGACAGCAGCCCGAGGCCGAGCGAAGGGUGGAAGUGGACGCUGAGCUCUGGGAAGGCUCGGGAGUGGACUGCCAGGGACACAGAGGCUCCAAGUCCUAAACCAGAACUGCAGCCUCGGGUUGUGGAAGCUGGGGACAGGGAGGCAGAGGAGGAGCUGGAGGGGUUGGCCAAGGAGGAGGGGGCUCUGAGCAGGCCUCAGAGAGCCCCGCAGGGCUGCAGCUCUGUGCCCUCCCCCCUGCCACCAGAGGACGCUGGGAGCCCAGCAGGCUCCUCGGGGCAGCAGCAGGAAGAGGAAGCAGCACAGCUGCAGCCCCCACCCCCAGCCCCAGCUGCCCCCCAGCCCUCCGGGGAUCCCCUGAUGAGCCGCCUGUUCUAUGGGGUAAAGGCAGGGCCGGGGGUGGGGGCCCCGCGCCGCAGUGGGCACACCUUCACGGUCAACCCCCGCCGGUCGAUGCCCCCUGCUACCCCAGCCACCCCGGCCCCCAGUGACGCUGACGCUGCGGUCCCUGCAGCUGGAAAGAAGCGGUACCCAACUGCGGAGGAGAUCUUGGUUCUGGGCGGCUACCUCCGUCUAAGCCGCAGCUGCCUCGCCAAGGGGUCCCCUGAGAGACACCACAAACAGCUCAAGAUCUCCUUCAGCGAGACGGCCCUGGAGACCACGUACCAGUAUCCCUCUGAGAGCUCGGUGCUGGAGGAGCUGGGCCCGGAACCCGAAGUGCCCAGCGCCUCCGCGGCCCUGCCCGACGACGAGGAGGACGAGGACGAGCCGCCGCUGCUGCCGCCCGGGCUUCGGGGCGGGCUGCGCACCAAGGCGCUGCUCGUAGAUGAGUCCUGCCGGCGGUGACGUCUUUGUGCGCGGGCGCUGUGCACUCCGACCUUCCUGGACGAACAUGACCCUAGCCACCUACCCCGGGGCGCCCUGAGCCUGUGUGCAAGGGCUGCCCCCACCUCAAGUUUACACGGCGCCUCUGCCCUGCGAGCGCCCCACCCCACCCCACCCCCCGCUUUCCCAGUAUUACUGUGCCUCAGUUUCUCCGGGCGGGAAGGCUGUGCCUCGCCGGCGCCCACGAGUGCGUUGUGAUCCCCCUAGCGGCCCGUGCCUGAACUGCAGCAGCGCGGAGCCUUCCCGCCGCUCUGGACCCGGCCCGGGCUGCCUGGAUUUUUUACCUUUCUGUAAUAAAAUGGAGCACGCUCCGGC